AGUGCACAAGUUAGAAGACCUUGAUGAUGCGAUCACGAGUUAAAAUGACCACCAUGUUGUUUGUACUGAUUUUAUCGCUCAUGACCGCUUUCUGCUCCAGCAAGAACAACAAACAAUCCAAGAGAGACACCAAGGUAACUACAUUCAUUCAUCAGGGUCACUACACAUUUUUUAACACAGCUGAUGUUAAAUUGUGGAGAAAACUAGGAAUAACGUAUCGUGUGUUAAUUUUACUAAAUCCGUCUUGCCGAUUAUAUUAAGAAAUGCUCAAAAGGCUUUCAAUAACUAAGAUGGUAUGGUUACUUGAAUGAGCAACCGAUCUCUUUUCAUAGAGAAAGAGAAUUUUCACGUUUAAAACAAUCAAAAGUAACAUUAUUACUAACGUGUUAAAUACUAUAAUACAUCUUCUUUUCUGAAAGAUGAAUUUCUUUAAUCACAAUUCACGCGUUCAUCUAAGAAACCCAAAUUAAAACUUACAAAUUAAGGAAAUCAGUAAGCACUUCCCCACCGAGAUUUAAACGCUAGAUGACAGACAAAAUUGCCCAAAGUUAAUUGCAUUUUGUCAUUAAAUUUCUCCUUUUUUUGCAGCCUAUUCAAUCUUGUCCAUCUUGUAAUAAUGACGGACAAACCGGGAUGUGGACAUACAGGACGUGUGUCCCAGGAGCCCCUGGGGCACGUGGUCGAGAUGGAGCCAAAGGAGACCUGGGUAGCCCGGGGAAAACUGGGACCAUAGGACCACGUGGUGCUGACGGAAAGAAAGGAGCAAAGGGAGAGCCUGGGAUCCAGGGUUCAAGCGGACAAAAAGGAGAGCAAGGGAACAAAGGCGACAGUGGAACGCCACAGCUGGCUGCACACAUGAACUGGAAGGAGUGUGCUUGGAAAAAAGGAGACAGCAAAGAUUCAGGAGUGAUAUAUGUGAGUGAGCACCGUACCGUAAUCUACGACUAGGGGUACCUUCCGGCAAGUGCCAAAGAGGCGAAUUCGUUUAUCCAUUGUGGAAUGUGUGGGAUUAGCCCUUAAUCCUUUUACUUAGCAACCGCGCUCGACUUAUAUAUCCUGAUAUGAUUGUACAAUAGUUCAGUUGACCUUAGGCCUUGCUCAUGUAAUCUCCUUUAACAAUUAAAUUGUAUAACCUUGAAUGUAUACUUGGCCUCCACUCUUCGUUUCGCCUCCGAUAAUCGCACAUGGUGUCAGAAGCGGGAUACUACAGCAGGAAGAAGAAGUAGCGGAAAAGAAGUUUGUUUCGCCACUGUAUUUCACAUCGCGUGAAUGAAUUCCAACGCUGAAGGUCCAAACGAAGAAAGAAUCGAGGAAACAAGCACGCCAAGCACGCCAGUCAUGUCACCGCCCACACCCGCAGAGGCAUCGAGGUUAACGGGCUCAAUACAGACGAAUAACCCACAAGGUGGAAGCGUGAAAAUGGCCGCAGCCAAUUUUAAUAUUCCUCCUCCGGCUAAGUUUGAUCCCAUAACAGACGAUUGGGACCACUGGAUCAAGCGAUAUGAAUUAUUUGAAGCAGCUACGGAACGUGAUGAGCUGUCAGAUAAAGUGCGCAUCAACACGCUUAUUUACGUAAUGGGAAAUAAUGCCGCCGACAUUUAUGACAGUUUCAAACUGAUAGGGGAAGAUAUCCUGUACGCAAAUGUCAAACAAAAAUUCAAGGAUCAUUUUAAAGGAAAAGUCGCUUUAGUCUUCGAGAGAACACAGUUCGUAAGACGCUUUCAGCAAGACAAAGAAUCUGUCCUCACCUUUAUAGAAGACCUUCAGAAAAGAGCCGACCUUUGCUCUUUUGGGGACCUUCGUGACCAAAUGGUGCACACUCAAAUAAUAGCUGGUUUGCGUGAUUCUCAUCUCAGGCGACGAUUGAUGGCAAAUGACAAUUUAACUCUGGAUCAAGUAAUUAAAGAAGUUAAAUCCGCCGAAAUCACGAAACAUCAAGAUCAAAUUCUUCAAAACAACUCAAGUGCCGCCGACAUAUCGGAAGUACAUGACAGGAAAGUUCCAGAAAACAAACGUCGAAGUCCAAAACCCAAGCAUUUUGGAGGUUCUUCGAAAACGAAGCAAAAAUCGUGUUACAGAUGCGGAGCUCAGCCAGGUCACCCUCCUCAGCGUUGCCCAGCCAAAGAUGCUACCUGCAACGCGUGCAACAAAAAGGGUCAUUAUUCCAAGGUCUGCAAAUCUUCAAAACGAGUCCAUAGGGUUGGUGAAGAUUCGGACGAAGAUGAUAUCUCUGUAAUGACCGUCAAUGAAGUUGUCAACACAAUCGAAACAUCAGAGAAAUGGCGUACAAAUCUAUUAAUAGGAAACUCCGAAAUAAAUUUCAAGAUUGAUACCGGCGCGGAUGUCACAGUUAUUCCUGAAGAAGUUUUUCGCCAAUGCAACUUAGGAAAACUGCACUCCACCUCCAAAAGACUCUUUGGAGCCGAUCACAAUGGUCUUCGUGUAAUGGGAACAGUUCGUGAUACUUUAUCCCUGGGAGAAACGUGCGUGACGGAAGAUAUUUAUGUUGUCAAAGGUUUAAAAGAGCCUCUUCUGGGACAGCCAGCGAUUGAAAAGCUAAAUUUAUUGGCUAGAAUCAAUGAAAUCCAAAGUCAAAGUUACGAAGAAAGGAUUAAAGCGAAAUACCCUCAACUGUUCCAUGGACUGGGAGAACUUGAGGGAGAAUAUGAAAUCAAGUUGAAGCCAGACGCUCAACCGUUUGCAAUCAUGACCCCAAGACGUAUUCCAUUACCAAUGAAAAGCAAAGUAAAGGAAGAACUUGCUAGAAUGGAGAAGCUGGGAGUAAUCAGAAAGGUUGACAAGCCUACAAACUGGUGCGCUGGAAUGGUCACAGUACCUAAAUCAAACGGGAAACUCCGAAUAUGUGUGGAUCUGACAAAGCUAAAUGAAAACGUUUGCCGUGAAACGUAUCCUCUUCCAAAGAUUGACGCCUUGCUAGGAGAGAUUGGAGAGUCCACAGUGUUCACAAAAAUUGACGCAAAUUCCGGUUUUUGGCAGGAGAAGCUAGCAGAAAACUCUCAACUCCUGACUACGUUUCUGACUCCCUUUGGCAGAUAUUGUUUUCAGCGACUCCCCUUUGGUUUAAAAUCAGCACCAGAACGAUUCCAAAAGAGAAUGCUAAACGAGCUGGAAGGUUUGGAAGGAGUGAUAUGCAUUAUGGAUGACAUCCUUGUGCAUGGAAAGACGCAAAAAGAACACGAUGAACGACUUGAAGCAGUUUUAACAAGAUUGAUCAGAGCAAGAAUCACCCUGAACCCAGAGAAGUGCGAAUUUUCAAGGAAACAAUUGAAGUUCGCGGGCCAUAGUCUCAGCGCUCAAGGAAUAGGCCCCGAUCCAGACAAGACUGCAGCAAUCGAAAAGAUGGAGAGACCGCAAAAUGUUGCAGAACUACGAAGAUUCCUGGGUAUGAUCAACCACCAACAGAAGUUCAUCGAAAACCUGUCCGAGAAGACUAUGCCUCUUCGCGAUCUCCUUUCAAGCAAGAACGAAUGGCACUGGGGCCAAGCUCAAGAAGAAUCUUUCUCUCGCUUGAAGAAAGAAAUGACUCAAGCGCCAGUUCUCGCUCAUUACUGCUCCGAGAAAGAAACUAUUAUAUCUGCAGACGCCUCGUCGUAUGGAUUAGGAGCAGUCCUCUUACAAGUCCAAGAGGAUGACACAAAGAAGCCAAUCGCGUACGCUUCACGCUCUAUGACGUCUACCGAACAAAGAUACGCUCAGAUAGAGAAAGAAGCACUCGCAACUACUUGGGCUUGCGAAAAGUUUUCCGACUUUGUCCUCGGUAAAGAGUUCCUUAUCGAAACGGACCACAAGCCGUUGGUGCCUUUACUAGGAUCUAAAUGUCUCCAGGACAUGCCACCACGUAUUCAGAGGUUCCGGAUGCGACUUAUGCGCUACUCGUACCAAAUAGUCCAUGUACCCGGAAAAGAUCUCACCACAGCUGAUACCUUAUCAAGAGCGCCGCUUCACCGAAGUCUCACGAAAGACGAGAAGCAACUUAAUGAAGAUUUAAACCUCUAUGUCUCACACAUAGUAGAAUGCCUGCCAACUACAGAACGCCGCUUGCAAGAAAUACGCCUUCAUCAGGAUGAAGAUGAAGUUUGUUCAAAGCUUAAGCUGUUCUGCGGUGAAGGCUGGCCAGAGAAACACCACCUGAAUUGUUCACUCCAACCGUACUGGCAGUACAGAGCAGAAAUCACUGUUCAGCAGGGAAUCCUAAUGAAAGACGACAGAGUCAUAAUUCCCUCAGCGUUAAGGCUCGAUGUAUUAGACAAGAUACACACAGGUCAUCAAGGCAUCCAGAAAUGCCGCGAAAGGGCGAAAAGUGGUGUCUGGUGGCCGAAUCUCAGCAAGCAGAUAGAAGAUCUUGUCAGAGAAUGCCCUACUUGCAUCAAGACGAAAACUAAUCGUGCAGAGCCCAUGAUUCCUUCACAGUUACCCGAGCGUCCAUUCCAGAAAGUAGGAACCGAUCUAUUCGAAUGGAAAGGACAAGAAUUCGUCCUCGUGGUAGAUUACUUCUCGCGAUAUUGUGAAAUUGGAGUACUUCGAAAAUCCACCUCUCAAGAAGUGAUCAAUCACCUAAAAGCGAUUUUCGCGCGCCAUGGAAUUCCAGAAACCGUGAUCUCCGAUAACGGACCACAGUAUUCCUCAGCGGAAUUCGCCAAAUUUGCAGAAGACUGGGGAUUUACACACAUUACCAGCAGUCCAAAAUACCCCCAAAGCAACGGAGAAGCCGAACGUAUGGUGCAAACAACUAAAAACCUCCUUACCAAAUCCGACGAUCCAUAUGAAGCACUACUCGCUUACAGAGCUACCCCACUUGAAAACGGAUUCAGCCCAGCCGAAUUAUGCAUGGGAAGGCGACUACGCACCACCCUUCCAACUACCCCAUCUAAACUAACACCGCAAUGGCCUGAGUUAACGAAAUUGCGUGAAAAGGAAGCCAAGAUUAAGACCGAGCAAACAAAAGAUUACAACCGACGACAUGCAGUUAAAGAGCUAAGUCAUCUGUCACCAGGCGAUCGUGUUUAUAUCCCUGAUCGUAAAGAGAACGCAGUAGUAGUAGCCAAAACACCAGAGCCACGUUCCUAUUACCUCGACACUGACAGUAACGCAACGGUUAGAAGAAACAGACGGCAGCUCAAUCCAAAUCCUAAAGAAGCAAAGUACGCAGCAGGAAGCCCUUUACCCGAUCCUCCUGAAACUUUUAAGGGUCAGCCACCUGUUCGGGCAGAGAAGAAAGAUGCUUUACGGUCUGCUCAAAAGUCUUCCAUUCCAGUUCCCGUUCCUGGAAACACUACUCGUUCCGGAAGAAAAGUUAACCCGCCCAAGAGAUUAGGUUUUGAUUAGGACUGAAAGAACAUUUGUUAUAAGUGAUUCGUUUCGUGAUCGAAAUACUUGAUUGACUCGCUUCCUAUCAUUUAAGAACUUUGCACAGAGACAUUCUUAUAGAAGUACCAAAAUGUCUAGAAAGGGGGAUGUGGGAUUAGCCCUUAAUCCUCUUACUUAGCAACCGCGCUCGACUUAUAUAUCCUGAUAUGAUUGUACAAUAGUUCAGUUGACCUUAGGCCUUGCUCAUGUAAUCUCCUUUAACAAUUAAAUUGUAUAACCUUGAAUAUAUACUUGGCCUCCACUCUUCGUUUCGCCUCCGAUAAUCGCACAGAAUGUGCCUAAUAGUUCUUCAUGACAUAAUUAUAGAGGUUUAUAUUUGAUUUCUCUGAAAAGAUAAGAAGUAGUACGUAUAGGGGAAGGUAAAGGUACCGAAAAGGAUGAAUAAUAAAUUAAACCCAUAAUAUAAUACCUAUAAUACGCAGUCUCCUUUGACAGGCGGUAAAGUUUGACUGGACUUGGUUUCAAUUUUGUUGGGGUCUUUGGUUCUCAUUGAAAGAGUUGCAUGGACGUUGACGUUCUGGUUUGGCACCAUUUCUUUCUGUAUAGUCGAUACAUAGGAGAAUGGCAUACAGCGCGAUUUGUAUAUUGUGAAACAUUGGACUGCUGGUUGAAAAGACAGUAGUUCUCAAAGGGAUAAACGCAUCAGUGAUUUUUUAAUUUCCUUCAAAACAUGAGCAGUGGUCUACGUUUUGUAAAGAGUCUUAAAAUUUAUUGCACUUCCGUGUAAUGGAAAAAUUAUGCAAAUCAGGUCGGAGGAGUGACCUUUAACGUCCAUUUUGCCCCCAAAAAAACUUAAAACUGUGAAAAUCUACUAAAGGAAAAAAAACUUAAGUAAGAAAUGGCACAAUUCUAAAAUCAAAGAUACUACUACCAAACAUGUCACUUACAAGUUAGGGUCUGUUUACAUGGAGGUUGGGGGACCAGGUGGGUGAUGUAACCCGCUUAGGUGGGGUAACCCGCCUGUCUAUAUAAUCUCUCAUUUUAAUUUGAUCACGUUUACAUGAUAGGUGGGGUGACCCCACACAUGUUACCUCACCUAUCUGUGGUCCUCCACCUCGAUGUAAACAGGCCUUUAGUUAACGACAACGACAUCUGUGCCCAGGCCUUCAAAAAUAUUUAUUGAAAGUUCCAAAGCGGUCGCGCUGCCGCCAUGAAGGAUGGAUCCCCCCUGGUAACUUUUGUAAGGACUUUUUUGAAAGUCUAGGCCCGUCCACAAAAAUGUUCUACAAAUCCACUAGUAUUAACACUGUGAAGAUAACUGUAACUUCCAAAGAGUACAUAUAUUAAAUUGAAUAUUAGCUAAAAAUAGUCUUAAUAGCGAUACUCGCGCUGACGUCACCAACUGAUAUUAAUGGGCCAAACAGAAGCGCAUUAGCUCUUGUAAAAAAAACCAUUCUUCUGUUUCACUCGUUUUACAUUUGAAUAACAAAAACAAUGGUUGUAAACAGUAAUGUCUCCUAUGGGUCACGUGACAAUGAAGGACUCCAAUCAACACAAUAGUCAUUGAACUUAUACCUACGAACUCUGUCCGAGACGGGAGAAUUACACAAUAGCUAGCAUUUCUGCAUACUAUAUUUCAAAUGCAUUGUUAGUUACUGCAGCUGUUCACUUGAAAAUGAAACUAGGAGACAAUACGCCUGAAUAAUGAUGAGACGCUCUCAUGCUCACUUGUAAACACGAAAUUUCCUACAAAAAAUAGCGAAUUGUAGCCCCUAUUUUACUGCCUUACAAGUUAUCAAUAAUCUUGAAGCUCAAAGGUCACAUAGAAUAACGGUACGUUAAUCUCGAAUCUCAAAUAUAAAAAAAAAUUCAACGCGCGGUUUCAAAAUCAUUCACUUCUUUCUCAAAGUACACCAAAUGUUUACGAAACCGCUAAUAAGAGCAUAUCGAUACAUACUAAUCAAAUCCUUCUUUCUUUUUUUGCAUUUCAAAAACACUUGAUUUUCUAUAGAUAAAGACCGAAUAUCAAGAUUGUGCAGUUUUUACCGUAUUUAACUGGAAAAACAUCAUCCCAAAAUACCUCCAUGACGCUCUUAUAAAUUUCAUGAACAUCGAGUCGGCUAUAUGGAGGAAAAAGCUCCAAUGAACGAUUUUGGAAGAAGAGUUCCUAGUGGCCGGUUCAGUGUAAAUCGUUCUGCGAAGAAUACGGUGUUUACUGAUGAAACUUUGUGCGUUUAAUCCUAUUCCUUGAUCAGCGGCCGCUUAAAAUUCAAUUACAAAGGAAAAGAGAACGCUGAAAACCCUGGUACUGAAUCGAGGAGCGAACACCCUGGCUCAGGGAAGAAAUCCACGUAUGCUCGCUCUACUGUUAGGCCCCCAGCAACAACUCAACAAACGCAAUGGAGAGGAGGAGUGUGACGUCGUGUUACCAGGGUAACAACAUUUGUGGAUCACAACAACAGGGACUUUAAGCAACGACGACGGCGGCGACGGCAACAAGAAGGGGAAAAAAGCAAUAGAUUUAUAUCGGCAAAACAACAACUAUGAAAUCAACGUGGAUUACGCCGCUUUUUUCGUAGCCGUCGAAGCACGACUGCGACAUGAAACUAAGGACCUGUUUACGUGAAAGUGGGGGGCCCCAGGGAGGUGAGACAACCCGCGGCCGGUCACCCCACCUAUUAUGUAAUCGUGAUCAAAUGAAAAUGAGAGAUUACCUCCCCAAAGCGGGUUACCUUACCUAUCUGUUGUCCCCCAUCUCUAUGUAAACAGGCCUUUAUUUUCACACGCCCCCGCUUUAUGGAGUAGGUAAACACAACACAAAAAUUUUCUUUUCUUUUUCUCAACUUAAGUAAGUCCUUUCGGGAUAAACUCCAGAAAAUUUCGCCAAAAUUUGACAAAUUAAAUAGAAUCCGAAACCCAUAAGGGGGUGAAACGUGUAAGUCUCAUAUGUUUGCUUUGUCCGAGGCUCGUGAUUAUCUAUUUUCGAAAGUACCAUAUUUAGAACGAGAAUAAGAAAUAACUGGCCUAUCAAAAUUCGUAAACGACGUGACGUAAUUAUACUUCCCCGAUCAUUUUUUCAUAUUUCGCGUGAUCAUGAUUUUUUUUUUCUUAGCGUUGUAGAUUCGAAUACGUAUGAUAAAAUUCGAACAAUAAGGGCCCGACUCACGUGUAAUAAUGCAAGAAAUAUCGACCUUCGUUAUCUUUAAUGCUACUAGUACAGAUAGACAAACAAGAAGACUUCAUACCUUAAAGACUUUUUGCAUUUAUUUGGCAUCAGAUAAUACACUAAUAAUUCUAGUAUAUUCCAACCAAAUGACCUCUGAAGCCCAAACCCACACAUAGUGCGCUUGGGCUGCCUGUGGUACUACCUGUAGCAGUAAAAUGACGCCAUCGUGCAAAUGGCCUAUUUGUGACAGUUUCCUUUAGUAUUCAUUUCGCGGCUUUUUGAACCUGCCGCAGGCAAAAAUGCUGUGGCAUCUCAAAACAAUAAUCUUUCAUUAAAGCCAUUGAUUGUCCCACUUCCUUAAGUGAUAUGAUGAUUUUGUUUCUUUUACUCCUUUGAGAACUGCGACUUUGUGAAGAAAUACUCGGACACUGCCCUCCAUGUCUACUAUGCAGGUGACUUCGGGAUAAGGGGAUGUGACAACUGCGCCAGUCGCUGGUAUUUCACCUUCAAUGGCGCUUAGUGCAGCUCUCCUGGAUCUGUUGAGGGUGCAGUUUACAUGUACAGGCGGUACAGAAAUCGAAGUCUCCACCGUCACCGCCACAUCGAAGGUCAUUGUAACAACAUCCAGAGAGGAAAGGUGCGAGUGGGAUUCUGGGUUGGAAAGUGUAAAGGAGAAAAGCUUGCUGAUGCCUACACUGGGUGGCAGACAGUGAGUCGUAUAUUCAUUGAAGAAGUACCUAAAGCUCAGCAGUAGACCUCUGUCUUGAGAUCAUAUAGACUUAAAUUUUAAAACGGUG